UAUGAUGAUUGUUAUGAAACGAAUAAUCAAGUUUAUUUUUAAGUUUAUGUACAUAUAUAAAUAUUAAAACAAAUCAUACAUAAAUUAUCUUAUAUCUAUAAAAACGUUACACAUGAAUUUUUCACUUUUAAACAAUGAUUGAAAAUCAAACUUUACAAGUAACACAGAAAGAUAGUGCACCUAAAUUAAUAAUUACUAAACAAAGUUUUCGAAAACAAGUGUGGGAUCAUUUAAAAACAAAUAAAAUAUGCACUUUUCCGAGCCCAUUCGGAAGGAUUCCAAAUUUUAAGGGAGCACAUCAAGCUGCAUCGCAGUUGAUGAAUCUUGAAGAAUUUGAGUUGGCCAAAUCUGUGGAAGUUAAUCCAGAUAAACCACUGGAACCUUCAAGGAUACUUGUUCUAGAAAAUGGAAAAGAGCUAUUUGUACCAGUUCCUCGUCUUCAAGAAAAUUUGUUGAAACAAUUAAUUCCACAAAAUGGAUUAACUACUAAGAAAAUUGUUAGUAGAUGGGGCAUUGAACAUACAGGGAUAAAAAUUGAUUUAGAUAGUAAAAUUCAUAUUGAUCUAAUAGUUGUGGGUAGUGUUGCGGUUUCGAAAGAGGGCUACAGAAUAGGAAAGGGAAAGGGAUAUGCUGAUUUGGAAUUUGCGCUGUUGAAAGAAAUUAAUGCCAUUGAUGAUAAUACUCUUAUCGUUACCACAGUUCAUGAUUCACAGGUGUUUGAUGAAUUGCCUAAAGACUUAUUUAAAAAAUACGAUGUGCCUGUUGACUACAUUUUAACACCUACUCGAAUAAUUAAAGUUGAAAAGAAGCUGCCAAGACCAACAGGAAUUUUUUGGGACUUAUUGUCACAGACCCGUUUAAAUCAAAUAGAAAUAUUAAGAAACUUAAAGCUACAACAUGAAAGGGAAGGUAAACUGAUACCAAAUAUUAUAGAGUCGAAUAUUGAAACUCAUUCUACUAGGUCUCAAAAAAAGAAUAAAGGAAAUAAAAUGAAAUCAGAUGUACUAAAUGUCGAACAAUUGAAAGAAAAUGAAGAAAAUACUUCUAAACAAAAAAAUAAUAUUAAAUGGAAUUCUAACGUAACUAAAUUAAUAGAUAAUGAAAAUAUUCCUCCACCAUCACCAAGGAGAAAACGUAGUAAACAUCCUAUCGAUUUCUCUUUACUUAUAGGUAAUAUAGAAAGGAACGUUAGAGUAAAGGAUUUAAAAAAAGCUCUAGUGGAGAAAGGAAUUAAACCUGAUAGCAUUACUUGGAAAGGUUAUAGAGGGUUUUGUUACCUUCAUUAUUCUGCACGAACCAAUAAGAGGGACCCAGAAAAGAGGGAACCAUUUUCAAUCGAUAAUGUUAUUGAAAUACUCCAAGGAUUGAAAAUCAUACCAACCUCCAAACAAAACUUGACGGUUAAAGUUGUGGAGCCCAUCACCAGGAUCGAAACUACGGAUGUUACUGCAGUUUAGCAGUUUACAGCUUAUCAAACUUGCCAAAUAUGGUACCAAAACAAUUAGUUCCUUUUUAUCAAAGUUGUGUGUGAGAGAAUCGAAUAUAUUGCUUGAAUGAGACAAAUGGAAGUAUGAUACUUAUUUAUUUAACAUAUCUGCUUGUUUCUUGUUGACUUUCUAAAAUUAACAACAUUGUUAGUAACAAUAUUGUUAAUAUUUCCAACACAGUUCUGAUUGACUUUGAUUUGGUUUUUAUCUGUAUUAUAUAGGGUGUUGCAAUAUUUUACUGACAAAAUUCUACAAGUGAUUCUGUGACUAAAAUUGAAAAAUUCAUGUGAACAUAGGUUCCCAACCUCUUAGUUUUUGAUAUACAAGUUUUGUUAGUUAUCCUCAUUUUUUUAUUGCUACCUGCUAGAUAUAUUCUCUAUUCAUUGGCCAGAUACUCGCCAACUUUAAACUAUAUUAUUACUGAUUUAUUCAAAUUAGCCAUAGACCACAGACCACAAAGAAUGUCACAUUUUAAUGAAUAAACAGAAUUUGUUUUUUCAUAAGAGAAAAAUCAGUGUCAACAAAAAAAUUUAAAGAAACUAGAGGCCCUAGUUCUAAAAAUUUUCACCUUAGGUAGGUUACGAGGGUUGUAUGAUAAGUACCUGGCCUUGAUAUGAAAAAGCAUUUUUUACGUGUAAAAUUAAUUUUAUAUUUCAAUGUAAAUCACCUUUCAGUUCAAUAUUUUAGUCCGUUUUUCUACCUUUUGUAUUAUCUCUAAAAAUUACAAUUCAAAAUAAGUGUUUGUUUCACCAAUGACCUCAUCGUUAGAGUAAAAUUUUUUUUCCACGAGCCGUUUUUGAGCCGUUUUUUCAUAUUUGGAAAUAGGCGAUAAUCGCUAGGUGCUAAAUUUGGUGAAUAUGGUGGAUGCGGAAACAAUUCGUAUCCUAACUCAUGAAAUUUUGCCACGACGACGCAAGUGUGCAUGUGUGCAAUGUCUUAAUGGAAGAGGAUUUUUUUCUUCGCCAAAUGCAGACGUUUCCCUUUUACAGCAAGGUUGAAAUGGUCCAAUGAGGUGAUACAAUAUUCUCCAUUAAUUGUUUUGCUCUCUUUCAAGGUAAUUGACGUGAAUUAUGCCACGUACAUCCCAAAACACGGUAGCUGUGAGUUUGUUCGCCAAUAAAGUUGUCUUAGCCUUCUUUGGCGCAGAUUCGCCUUGGAAAUCCCACUGUUUGGACUGUUCUUUGGUUUCUGGUGUGCUGUGAUGAAUCCAUGUUUCAUCAACAGUUAUGAACCGACGCCAAAAAUCAUUCUGAUUGGGUUUUAACAUCUCCAAACAUUCUUUUGAAGUUGACACACGUGUUGUUGUUAAUUGUGAGCAAUCACGUUAUCCAUCCUUUUUCAUAUCUAAAUGAAUUAUUAAAAUAUCUUGCACCCGUUGAAUUGAUUUGGCCACAGUCUCAGCAAUGACAAGCACUUUUGCUCUCUGAUGGUUUAUCAUGAAUCUUGAAUUAUUUUUAAAGUGGUAACCUCAUUUUUAUGCUUGUACCGGCACACUUAAAUUGAACUGUCCAAUAUUUGAUGAUUGAUAAUGAAGGUACAGAGUCCCCAUAAACUUCGCUGAGCUCUGUUUUAAUCUCAUCAAUUGUUUUCUUUUUCAAAAACAAGUAUGUUAUCACCGCUCGAUAUUCAAUUUUUUCCAUUGUUGUAAAAUUACAAAAGUUCUAUUUAAAUUACUGGCAUUUACAAACUAAACCACACACGACUUACAGUUUGACAGUAUUGUUGUGAAAGGUUAUAUUUACGAAAAAUAUCACUUUUUAAAUAGUAGCAGUGCCAUCUGUUGCCUAGGCCGGGUACUUAUGAUACAGCCCUCGUAUUUUUCGAAACUUACCAGUAGAUGCGUAGGUAGAAAAUGGUUUUUUAUCAAAUAGUUUUAAAGUUUGGUGGUAAGAAGGUGUUUCUAAUUUAAUUGAGUAAUUUAUGAUUUCACCUUUGGAGUUUAUACAAGGAGUGAUGACUUAGUGUUAAAAAAAGUGAACCAUUUCUUAGGUUACGUAAAGGCAGCGCUGUUGUAAUUACCUGAGUGUGAAAAAGAUCCACGAGAAAUUAAAAAUGACAAUGUUUAUACAGGCUGUUUCAGAAAGACCUCCCGUAAAUACAGGGGG